CUCAGCCUGCCGUGUCGGACGAAGGAAAAUAAAAAAAUACCCGGCUCGUUUUUGGGUUUUUUUUUAAAAGCCGGGAAUCAGUUUAACGGUUACUCUUGCUAGCAUAACAUAGUUAGCAGCACUAGCUUGCUUUAGCUAAAAGUUAACUAAUGGCACCUAGUUUAAGUUAGCGCUAGCUGGCUAAACAUCAACCCGGUCUGGUGUGAGGCGUUGGCCGGGAUGAGACGGGUUGUUGUUUUGUUGUUAUUAUUAUUUUCUCAGUGUUUUGAAUCCACCGUGAGCUGAGUCGGUAGAGGAAGUUCCACUGAAAGCUGAGAGUAUAAUGGCCAAACAAUCAGAUGACAUCCCCCUAAUAAUGAGUCACACCUUCCCUGACCAUCACACCUUUCAUCACUAUUCAGAGAUGAAUCUAGACAGGAUCUACAUGGACUACAAUGCCACAACUCCACUGGAACCAGAAGUGAUCCAGGCCAUCUCUGAAGCCCUGGAGGAUGCCUGGGGAAACCCGAGUAGCAAUUAUAUAGCAGGUGCUAAAGCCAAGGCAAUAAUUAAUCAGUCCAGAGAGAAUGUGGCGAGGAUGGUGGGAGGUAAAGCAGAAGAUAUAAUUUUCACAUCAGGUGGAACAGAGGCCAAUAACCUGGUGCUCCACACUGCUGUAGAGUACUUCAGGAGAAACUGCAAGGCUCAAGAGCAAGGCGAAGGGCAGCAGAGCAGAAGCAAAGGCCUUCCUCACAUUAUCACCUCCAAUGUGGAACAUGUCUCCGUCAAACUAGUGGCCGAGCACCUACAGAAAGAUGGCCAGGCAGAUGUGACGUUUGUGCCUGUGUCUAAGGUGACAGCCCGUGUGGAGGUGGAGGACGUCAUUGCUGCAGUGCGUCCAAACACUUGUCUCAUCUCCAUCAUGAUGGCCAACAAUGAGACAGGAGUCAUCAUGCCAAUCCAAGAGAUCUGCCAGAGGGUAAAAACUCUCAACAAGCAGCGUGAGUGGCUCAGGAUCCUGCUUCAUACUGAUGCUGCUCAGACUGUGGGGAAAAUCAGAGUAGAUGUCUGUGAACUGGGCGUGGACUACCUCACUAUAGUGGGGCACAAGUUCUACGCCCCUCGGAUUGGUGCUCUGUACGUGAAUGGCCCUGGGACGAGAACGCCGCUGUUUCCGAUGCUGUUUGGAGGAGGACAGGAGAGGAACUUCAGACCAGGCACAGAAAACACCCCAAUGAUUGCAGGUCUGGGAAAGGCUGCAGAGCUGGUGACCGCCAACCUGUCAGAGUACGAGAGUCACAUGCGAAGUACCAAACUUUACUUGGAAGAACGACUGAAGGCCGUCUUCAGAGACAAGAUCACCUUCAACAGCCAUUACCCAGGCUCUGAUGUCCUCCCCAACACAUGUAACAUGUCCAUCCAGGGCCCAAGAUUACAAGGCUGGAGGGUAUUGUCCAACUGUGCGAGGCUGUUGGCCAGCGUUGGUGCUGCCUGCCACUCAGACACUGCAAACAGGCCCUCCCAUAUCCUUCUGAGCUGCGGCGUCCCCACAGAGGUGGCAGCUAACGCCUUGAGGUUGAGCGUUGGCAGGGGGACGACCAAGUCAGACGUGGAUGCAGUGGUGGAGGACUUGAGGGAAACGGUUCAGCUGUUGGAAGAAAGGAACUGAUGGCAUGAAAAGUUACUCUAGAGGUCAAAUAAUAAUGUACAUGAUUAGAAAUACAUUAUAAAGAUGUGUAUAUUGUUACAUUAAAGGAUGAGGCCACCAUUUUGACUCAUUAACGAGUGUUUACAGCUGUUCUGGAGUAUUACUGCAUGUGUGAAAAAGUAGCACAAAGUCUUCAGUGGCUCCAGUGGAAGCUGCAUGUAAUCUGAUAAACUGCCUCCAGUGAUGUCACUUAGUAGCUAAAUUGCAUUGUGGGUAAUGUAAGCAGCAGCAGGAACAAAAAAAAAGGUUCUGCUGUAGUGAUUUUGAUCAUUUGAAGUUGCACUAUGUAAGAAUUGGCCUCCUUUUGGAUUCAUACUCAAAGCAAGUAGGGGAAGCAUAUCACCAGAGUAACCGCUAACUGCUGCUAACCACAGGUACAGUUAGCAGUUCAGCUAAUGGUCCGGAGUCUGCGCUCAGGGCACUGGAGAAGUGUUCACAUAGCCAGCAAGGGAGCUUUGAACUGGGGUUGGAUGGGUCUAGCUGGUUAGCAUGCUAACUUCAGUAGAUACCUCUGCAUUUUAACACUAUAUGUUAAAAUUAUAACAUCAAAACUGUCAUUUCUUUAGAUUUCGUUGAUAUUGUUGUAGCCAGUUUUGAUGUGUGAAUAUGUUACAUUGUGUAUGUGUUUGGUGAGUCAUGUAAAUAGCAGUGUUGCUCAAACAAAAUUGGCUACAACAGACAUUUUCAAACCAAAGUUCUUACAUGUUCUUACAUAAGUCCAACUGAGUUAUGCAAUAUAAAACCAGUGGACUGCUUUACUUAACCCCACAUUACCCACAAUGCAACUUAGCCACAAGGUGACAUCACUGGAGGUACAAGAUGCUUCAUACUACUUUUGUUCACAUAUAUAUGCAGUAAUGCUUCCCAGGAACUGUAAACACACUUCAAUUUGUACAAUUGGUGGAGCCACCUUUAAACUAAUCAUGUAAAAUGGAUGAAAUAUUUAAUAUGAAUAAUAAAAGGGGAGAACUUGAAGUGACCUGAGGGGUGAUGUUAUGAGAUGACUGCACUCAGCUUCCAUCACGUCAUGUGUGGAGCUCAUCAGCUAAUUGGAAUCAGGGUGUGUAUGAUGUAUGAGUGUUAUUGAAAUAAAAUAUUUACAAACUC